GGAGGAUGUGAUGAGUAUGGAGGAGAAUCGGAGGAGAAUCCCCAGCGUUACAGCGCGCUGAUUCACUCAAACAGUGGCGUUACAGCUGCAGAGGAGCGUUACUGCACAUUUAACAUCGAUUUAAUGAUUAUUUCCUGAUAAUUGGAUGCCUCCACCAUCAGACAUCGUGAAAGUGGCCGUCGAGUGGCCCGGAGCAAACGCACAGCUCAUUGAGAUCGACCAGAAAAAGCCACUCUCCUCCAUCGUAAGAGAGGUGUGUGAUGGAUGGUCUCUGUCCGGUUCAGAGCAGUUCGCUUUACGCUACGCUGAUGGAGCUCAGCUUUACAUCACCGAACAGAGCCGUGGAGACAUCAAGAAUGGCAGCAUCCUGAGAUUAGCCAUCUCUCCCGCUCGAGCGGCCCGUCAGCUCCUGGACAGGAUUCAGUCUCUGAGCAUCGACGCUCGUCUGGAGGCACUGAAGGAAUUGGCCAAGCUCUCGGCCGACCCCUCCUUCGCCACUGAGUUCAUUAACAUCGAGGGAAUGAACACACUGGCACGACUGGUGGAGAGCGGCACGCAUUUUGGUGAGAUGUUAGCCUUCACACUUACUGCAUUUCUGGAGCUGAUGGAUCACGGCAUCGUAUCAUGGGAUAUGAUCUCACUAUCCUUCAUUAAACAGAUCGCGGGUCAUGUGACCCAGCCGCUGGUGGACGUGUCGAUCCUGCAGCGUUCUCUGGCUGUGUUGGAGAGCAUGGUGCUGAACAGCUGCACUCUGUACCAUCGCAUCGCUCAGGAGAUCCCCAUCACACAGCUCAUCACACACCUGCAAGUGUCCAAUCAGGAGAUUCAGACAUACGCCAUCGCCCUGAUCAACGCUCUGUUCCUUAAAGCACCUGAGGAUAGACGCCAGGAAAUGGCCAGUACAUUGAUACAGAAGCAUUUGCGCUCCAUCAUCCUCAAUCACAUAAUUCGUGGGAAUCGGCCGAUUAAAGCUGAAAUGGCACACCAGCUGUACGUGCUGCAGGUUUUGACCUUUAACCUUUUGGAGGAGCGAAUGAUGACCAAAAUGGACCCAAAUGAUCAGGCUCAGAGAGACGCCCUGUUCGAGUUGCGCAGGUUGGCGUUUGAUGGUGAAAGCGACCCGACGGGCACCGAGAAAAGAAAAGCUCUUUACACUAAAGACUACAAACUGCUUGGCUUUAUUAACGGUGUAAACCCUGCGCUGGACUUCACUCAGACUCCUCCGGGACUUCUGGCCCUUGAUAACAUGCUCUAUCUCGCUAAAGUCCACCCUGAUACCUACACACGGAUUGUUCUGGAGAACAGCAGUCGUGAGGAUAAACACGAGUGUCCGUUCGGUCGGUGUGUGAUUGAGCUGACGAGAAUGUUGUGUGAAAUACUGCAGGUUGGAGAACUACCAAAUGAGGGCUGUAAUGAUUACCACCCGAUGUUCUUCACUCAUGACCGAGCGUGGGAGGAGUUUUUCUGUGUCUGCAUCCAGCUGCUUAAUAAAACAUGGAAGGAGAUGAGAGCCAUGACCGAGGACUUCAACAAGGUGAUGCAGGUGGUCCGGGAGCAGAUUGUGCGUGUUUUAGCGAUGAAGCCACUGACUCUGGAUCAGUUGAAGGUGAAGCUGUACAAUUUGAGUUACUCAGAAAUCCUGAGACUGAGACACUCUGAGAGGGUGAACCAGGACGACUUCCACUCCGCACCCAUCAUUGAGCUGCGUGAAAGGAUCCAGCCGGAGAUUUUGGAGCUGAUUAAACAGCAGAGACUGAACCGGCUGUGUGAGGGGAGCUGCUUCAGGAAACUCGCACACCGGCGCAGACAAGAGAAGUUUUGGUUCUGCCGUUUAUCUCUGAACCAUAAAGUUCUACAUUAUGGUGAUCUGGACGAGUCUCCGCAGGGUGAAGUGCCUUUUGAAAUGCUCACCGAUAAAAUACCAGUGUGUGAUAUAAAAUCUGUGGUGACGGGAAAAGACUGUCCACACAUGAAGGAGAAAAGUGCACUCAAACAGAACAAGGAUGUUUUAGAGUUGGCCUUCUCCAUUCUGUAUGAUCCCGAUGAAGCUCUGAACUUUGUGGCUCCGAGUAAAUAUGAGUACUGUAUAUGGAUGGACGGACUCAGUGUGUUAAUGGGGAAGGAGAUGUGCAGUGAUUUGACCCGCAGUGACCUCGACACGCUCAUCAGCAUGGAGAUGAAGCUCCGCCUCCUGGACCUGGAGAAUAUUAGUAUACCCGAGGCUCCACCCCCUAUUCCCAAAGAGCCCAGCAGCUACAACUUCACCUACAACUAUGGCUGAGUGUGCAUGUGUGUGUGUGUGUGUGUGUGUGCGCGUGUGUGUGUGUGUACGUGUGCGUGUGUGUGUGUGUGCGCGUAUGUGUGAGUUUUGCUAGUGUGUUCACUCAUCAUGGCCUUUUAUUAGCAGUUAUAAAAGUCUUGUUUUCACGCUGCUGCUUUUUCUGAUCAGAGUUUUACAUUAACGUCACCUGUGUGAGAAUAUUAUGGGAUGUUUCAGGUUUUUGCUUUUUCUGUAUCAUCUUUUCAUUGUCAGUUUUACACUUUGCUACAAUAUUUAACACACACAGUAAUGAAAAUGUAAAAGUGUCCCAUUCCAGAGUAGGGUCCCUAGAUAGGCAGCAUUUUUAGGAACCAUCUUCUAAGGGGCUUUAAAUUAGCGAGAACAGCCCCGUAAUCCUGAAUAGAGUGAAUACGAGGGUUAGUUUUAAAUGUCUAAUAAGUUACAGAAUUAAAUAAUAAAACUGUAGAAAUAUAAAUGACAGAAUUAUAGCAGGCCGGUAUCACUACAUGAAAAUGUCAUCUUCUCCAACACUGAUGUUCAUUACAAAUUAUUUCAAACAUUUUUACUACUUUUAAAUCUAAUAUGUAAAUAUGAAAAAUAGUUCAUCAGAUUAAAGUGUUUUAAACAAAAGUGAAUCAGAUUUCAAAUCAGACAACACAAACAUUUUGUCUUUAUAUCAGCUAUAACUUUGGCCGAUAUAAUAAUAUAGUAAAAUAAGAAUUAAAUAAGAAAUUAAAAAAUAAUAGGUUUCUUCUGUAAUGCAAGAAAAAAUGAAAUGAAAUGUCAUUAGAGUUGUGAUGUAAGUGGAUGUUUUCUUAUUUACUUAUUUCUAUAUUUCAGUAAUUAUUUUUGGCGAUUAUUCUACAUUAACAUGCACACUGCAGUAUUAGCUCCGCCCAUCGGGGGCGUGGCCCGCAGCCUGAAUGCCGCUGCUGUAGAGGCUCAGUACUCACGUUAGAGAUUUCUAUAUUUUUGUAAAUAAUGUGACGUCUGUGAGAAAAGGAAAGAAGUUUACUAAUAAACUAAACAAAUGUGUUAGAGACGUGAAUUAAUACUGAUUUUGUUUUGAAGUUAAAAGUGUUUGUGUUUCUUCAACUUGACAUGUUUAUUUGACUUAACAUGAGUUUUAUGAAUAUAAUUAAUAAUUUACAGAAUUGAAUCUAUAUGAUUAAUUUUACUUUAUUAAUAAUGUUAUUGUUUGCACGCUGAUGCUAGAAUAACUGUUCAUAUAUUAUAUAUAAUAAUACUGUGUGUGUGUGUGUGUGUGUGUGUGUGUGUGUGUACGAUUCCUCUGCAAUUUUAACAGGUUUGUGUGAAUAAAUGCUAAUUAAACACUUGA